UAAGGUCAGGAUGUGCAACGCUGGAGUCAGAGUCCUACCUUCUCCUGAGCUCUGACGCUUUCCUCUCUGUGCUCCCUGCUGAUCCAUUCACCAGCAUGAAGGUCUUGGCGUUGAUGGUCCUGGUGGCAGUCUCCACCUUCCUGGUCUCAGGCCAGGAUACAACAAGUGCUCCAUCUGAUAGCUCUACUGCUGCUCCUGAUGCCACCACUGCAGCUCCUGCCAGCACUGCAGCUCCUCCUGCCUCCACGACCACUGCUGCUCAAAGCACCACUUCAGCAAGCUUCUUGAACUGGUUGCAUCACCUAUUUGGGUUGAAAUAGUUGUAAGAUGGAAUUAAUCCGAGGCAUCUGCAUUUGAUCCUGCGGGGCUCGGCCACUUAUGCCUUCAUUUGAUUUAAUCCAACGAUUUACCAUGUGUACCAAUGUCUCUUAUCCCUAAUCAGUUUUUCUGUUUAAAAUAAAAAGAACAACA